AUGGCAAUAAUAAAUAAAACGUCAAAUUGGCGAUUGAUACUUGAUGAAUUAAUAUAUUUUAUUGGUUCAACUAAAACCUGCAAUGUUAAGAUGAUUCCACUUAAAGACAAUCAAGAUGUGGCAACUUUCCUUGUCACUAAACAUUCCUGGAAAGGCAAAUAUAAGAGAGUAUUCUCUAUAGGCACUCAUGGCAUCACCACAUACAAUCCUGAUCGCUUAGAAGUAACAAACAAAUGGCAAUAUUCAGAUGUGGUUACCCUUGCUUCAGCAAAGCAUUCCAAUUCUGCUAACAACCAUGACUUUACACUUGUCAUGAAGAAAGACAAGAAAGUAGAUUCAAUGAAAUUUUCAUCAGAACAUAAAUGUCUUAUUUUAACUGAAGCUUUUAAAUACAGGCACUUGUUUGCUGAAAAACCAAAGGAUAUAUUUAGAUAUCAAGCAUAUAAGCACCAUUGGAGUGGUACACGGUUACCAAUAGUACUUGAAGUGGGACCAUGUUCUCUUGAGCAAUUAGAUCCAUCAACACAUACACUGCUUGCAAGCUAUCCAUACUGUGAUAUACAAGGCAUUCUUCCAGUAAGGGAUAUACCGGGAGGUUUUGUGUUAGCUGUCGGUGGUUAUAGCCGACUUCAUUUGUUUUCUAAUGUUAUGGAUCAUCAGAUUAUAAUAAAUAAAAUGCUUGAAAUGGCUAGCUUGAUGAUGAGCAUAAGUAUCAAAGUACUGUCAGCUACUAUCACACUUGAUGACUAUCACAACCAACGCUUUGGUAAAUACAGUGGCGAUCAACAUCAAACAUCGUUAAGUGAAUUCUUGGUCCACAAAGUGAAUCCAGCACGUCAUAUGGAACCGAUGCGGCGAACCCUUUGUCUUUCUGAUACAUGCAUUUUAGAGAGAGAUCCUCAGACUUAUUCUGUAGUUUGCCUGCGGCCGCUGAGUGACGUUUUUGCCUUAGUCCGUGAUCCAGACCACCCUCAGAAAUUUUCGAUUGAAUAUUUAAAUGGACAGACUCGAACAUAUUUAGCUGGUGAAAGAGACGCGCUGCUCGCGUCGCUGGUGGACGGCGUGCGGUCGGCGGGGCAGCGCGACGUGCACGUGCGCUCGGGCCGCACGCCGCGCGGGUACCGCCUCGGCCCGCUGCACCACCCCGUCGACGAGGAGACCGAGUCCAACCAUCUCAGAUUAUUUCAAAAUCCUGUUGGGAUGUCAAGAGCUGAAGUGAUCGAACGUUUUAAUGCUAACGUCGGUUACAGCGGUCUCAUAUACUCCGUCAGUCAAGAUCGACUGUUCGCGGAGAACAAAGAGAAGUUGAUAACGGGCGCGUUGGCCGCGAUGAUGGCGAGCGCGCCCGCCGGCGCCGGCCUCACGCUGCGCGAGCUCGAGGCGCAGUUCCACGCGCUGCGGCGGCUGUGCGCCAGCAAAGUCGGCUUCGCCGCCUUCACCGCUUUGUCUGGAUUCCGCGAGUGGAUGGGCAGCGCGGUGGUGGGCGCACUGCGGCGCGAGUGCGCGGCGUGCUCGCACGCGGCGCUGGACGCGCUGUGCGCGCUGCUGCAGCCCAUGCACGCCGAGCCCGACCUGCGCCAGGAGCAGCUCAACAAGGCCUCCAUGCUCGCCUCCAGCGCCUUCCUCGACGGCCUGCUGCUCAUGUGGGCCGACCACGUGUCGGCAGGCACGGGCGCGCUGGUGGUGGCGGCCAUGCUGGACUUCCUCACGUUCGCGCUGUGCGUGCCCUACAGCGAGACCACCGACGGCAAGCAGUUCGACCAGCUGCUCGAGAUGGUGGCUAGCCGGGGCCGCAUCAUAUUUAAACUUUUUGAGCACCCGUCGGCGGCGAUAGUGAAGGGCGCGGGGCUGGUGGCGCGCGCGCUGGUGGAGGAGGGCGGCGGCGGCGUGGGCGCGCGCGUGCAGGCGCUGGCGCUGGGCGAGGCCGCGCUGCCGCGCCACCUGCUGGCCGCGCUGUACGCGCCGGCGCGCCUGCAGCGCCGCCACCUGGCGCGCCACCUCGUGGCGCUCUGGCUCGUCGACCACGCGCCCGCCAACGACCUGCUCCGGCGCAUCAUGCCAUCAGGUCUCCUAGCGUUCCUAGAGUCGUCCGAGGCGCCGCCCGCGGCCGCGCUGGAGGCGGAGCGCGUGGAGGAGCGCGACAACCUGCAGCUGGCGCAGGCGGCGGCGAGGCCGCGCGCGCCGCACUGGGAGGCGCUCGAGCGGCAGGUCAAGUACGUCGAGAAACAUCUUGAGCACUACGCGUCGCUGGCGCUGCAGCACUGGGCGCAGCGCGCGCGUGGCGGCGAGGCGCGGCGCGAGGCGCCGCGGCCGGUGCUGCUGCGGCGCCGCCGCGAGCGCGUCAAAUCCACCGCCAACUGGCCCAUGUUCUACUACCAGUUCCACCGCGACCACGCGCUGCCCAACCUCAUAUGGAACCACACAACAAGAGAAGAACUCCGCAACGCCCUGGAGAACGAGCUGCGCGCGUUCGCGUCGGACCGUGAGGUGGCGGGCAACACGCUCACGUCGUGGAACCACGCCGAGCUCGAGGUGCACUACCAGUGCCUGCAGAACGAGGUCAAGAUCGGCGACUACUACCUGCGCAUACUGCUCGAGCAGAAGGACAACGAUGAUAGCCCUAUUCGAAAGUCAUACGAAUUCUUCAACGAUUUAUAUCAUCGGUUUCUAUCGACACCGAAAGUGGAGAUGAAGUGCAUGUGCUUGCAAGCGAUGACCAUUGUCUAUGGUCGGUAUUAUGAAGAUAUUGGCCCAUUCGCAGACACCAAGUACAUUGUGCAAAUGUUAGACAGGACAUGUGACAGAAUGGAAAGAGAUAGACUGGUGCAGUUUUUAGCAAAACUAAUUUUACACAGAAAGAACGUUAGCGAGAUUUUGGAAUGGAAUGGCAUAAGGAUCCUGGUGGAGCUGAUGACGCUGGCGCACCUGCACACGUCGCGCGCCACCGUGCCGGCGCAGAGCAACGUGCUGGAGGGCGCCGCGCCCGCCGCCGACGGCGACCGCGAGUGGUACUACAACGUGGAGCUCGGCGACACCGUGCAGCGCAAGGGGCCCGUUAGCUUCCAACAGCUGAAGGAGCUGUACAAGAACGGCACAAUAAACAACAAGACGAAAUGCUGGGCGAACAGCAUGGAGGGAUGGCGCGCGCUGGGCGGCGUGCCGCAGCUGCGCUGGGCGCUGGCGGCGCGCGGCGCGCCCGCGCUCACCGAGACUGAGCUGGCGGCCGCCGUGCUCGACCUGCUCGUCGUCUGCGCCAGAUACUACCCGAGCCGAGAUGAAGAAGACGCGGUGAUAAGACCUUUGCCAAAAGUAAAACGUAUGUUGUCGGAACCGGCUUGCUUAGCGCAUGUCGUCCAGCUGUUGCUCACCUUCGAUCCUAUACUUGUUGAAAAGGUGGCAACUCUUUUAUAUGAAGUAAUGCAAGACAAUCCGGAAAUAUCCAAAUUGUACCUAACUGGAGUGUUUUACUUCAUGCUUCUGUAUACUGGUUCUAAUUUAUUACCCAUUGCAAGAUUUUUGAGACUCACUCACAUGAAACAAGCAUUUAGAGCGGAUCAGACUAGUUCAGACAUAAUGCAAAGAUCUAUCCUCGGUCAGUUGCUACCAGAAGCUAUGGUUUGUUAUUUAGAAAAUCAUGGAGCGGAAAAAUUCGCCCAAAUUUUCCUUGGCGAGUGGGACACGCCUGAAGCUAUUUGGAAUUCAGAGAUGAGACGCAUGCUGAUAAUGAAGGUGUCGGCGCACAUCGGGGAGUUCACGCCGCGGCUGCGCGCGCACGUGGCGGCGCGCUACCCGUACCUGGCCAUCCCCGCCGUGCUGUACCCGCAGCUGCGCCACGAGCUGUUCUGCAACAUGUUCUACCUGCGCCACCUCUGCGACACGCAGCGCUUCCCCGACUGGCCGAUACCUGACCCGGUGUGUCUACUAAAAGACGUGCUGGAGGCGUGGCGGCGCGAAGUGGACAAGAAGCCGGCGUCGAUGACGGCGGAGCAGGCGUACGCGGCGCUGGGGCUGGAGGCGGGCGCGGCGCACGACGAGGCCGCCGUGCGCAAGGCCUACUACCGCCUCGCGCAGCUGUUCCAUCCAGAUAAGAAUCCUGAAGGACGGGACCGUUUCGAGGCUGUGAAUCAAGCAUACGAAUUUCUCUGCAGUAGAAAUGUAUGGACUGGCGAUGGUCCAAAUACAAACAAUAUCCUACUUAUACUUCGGACACAGACAAUACUUUUCCAAAGAUAUUCUGAAGUGCUGGCGCCGUACAAGUACGCGGGCUACCCGGCGCUGCUGCGCACGGCGCGCCUGGAGGCGGAGGCGGAGGCGCUGUUUGCGCGCGACGCCGCGCUGCUGCCCGCCGCCUGCGAGCUCGCGCACGCCACGCUCGCCUGCUCCGCGCUCAACGCCGAGGAGCUGUGCCGCGAGCGCGGGCUGGAGGUGCUGCAGGAGGCGCUGUCGCGCUGCGCGUCGGUGCUGGGCGGCGCGCGCGCGCACGGCACGGCGGCGGCCGUGUGCACGCACUGCGCGCGCUGCUUCGCCGUGGCCGCGCGCUUCCCCGCCUGCCGCGCCGCCUGCGCGCAGCUGCCGCAGCUCUGCGCCGACAUCGUGCCGCUAUUGAGGCGACCGGAGCUGGGCGAGACGGCGUGCGCAGGCGCGGAGGCGGUGGCGGCGCUGGCGGCGGACGCGCAGUGCCGCGCGCGCCUCGCCCGCGCGCACGCGCUGCACGCGCUGCUGCCCGCCGUGCUGCGGUACGACUACACGCUCGCGGAGUCCGGCGUGCCUACGGAGGGCGACAAUAAACAGGAAGUGGCAAACCGUUUCGCAACACAAAGCGUGGCCGCCCUCGCCGCACUGUACGGGCCGCACGAGGACGCCACGGAGGACGACGCGCGCGUGCGGGCCGCGCUGCACGCGCUACUUACGCCCUACUUGUGCGAGAAGCUGUCCAGCUCGGAUACACACGAUCUACUUAAAACUCUCACAUCAAACUGGCGGACGCCAUACCUCGUGUGGGACAACAGUACUCGAGCAGAGUUAAAAGAGGCGCUCAGAGAGAAACCGAUAGGGGACGACGCGCCACUUGUGCCGCCAUUGCAGUACACUGCCCACGAAGGAUUGCUACCCGUAGGAGGGGUCUACUUGCAUAUAUACAAUGAACAGCCCGAUUAUCCUAUAGAAAAUCCUCAACAGUUUGUUUUGGACUUGCUCAGCUUUAUAGAGACAGAAAUUCAGGCUGAAAUGACAGAAGAAAGAGCUGAGCACAUCACCCUAGCAUUGGAUGCUCUUGCCAAUUGUAUUAUAAAGAAUCCAGGCGUGGAGAUCCAAUGCAUAGGGCACUUCGGUGUGAUAUUCGGUCUGAUGUCGGCGGGCGCGGUGCCGGGGCGCGGCGCGGCACGCGGUGCGCGCGGCGCGGGCGGCGGCGCGCGCGCGCGAGUGCGUGGAGGACGUGGCGGCGGCCGCGCUGCUGGGCCACCUGCUGCCGCUGGCCGCGCACGCCGCGCCCGCCGCGCCCUCCGCGCCAGACGUGCUGGCCGCGCUGGCGGCGCUGCUCUCCGCCACGCAGCUCGUGCUGUGAUAUACUUAUUAGAUUUAUUCUGCAAUUGUAAGAUACCGGAAGUUAGAGAAAUGGCAGUGGAGUUGUUGGCCCGCAUGAUGGCUGACAAAUUACUUGGGCCCAAGGUGCGCCUCACUAUAUGCCGCUACGUGCCGGGCGUGUUCGCGGAGGCGAUGCGCGAGGCGGGCGCGGCCGCCGCCGUGCACGCCUUCGACGCCGGCCACGAGCACCCCGAGCUGGUGUGGGGCGACGAGCUGCGCCAGCGCGUGCGCGCGCACCUAGCGCAGCUGCGGGAUCGGCACUACACAAAUCAAAUCCGCGAUCCAUCAGUGUUAUUCGAGGAGCGCGACGCAACGGAGCACAACGAGGAGGCGUGGGCGCCGCCGGGCGAGGUGGUGGUGGGUGGUGUGUACCUCAAGCUGUUCCUGCAGAACCCCACCUGGAGCUUGCGCAGCCCCAAGCGCUUCCUGCAGGAGCUGGUCACUGAGACAUUGUCUGCGUUGAACAAAGACUCGUCUGAAGGCAGCCGCGGCGAGACGUGCGCGCGCGCGCUGGCGGCGCUGCUGCGCGCGCGGCCGGCGCUGUGCGAGGCGUGCGCGCAGCUGGGCGAGCUGCCGCGCCUGGCGCGCCUGCUGCCCGCCUGCCCGCGCCUCGCCGUGCCCGUGCUGGCCGCCCUCGCCGACACGCAGGCGUGCGUGUCAGCCCUGAGCCAGACGGAUGUGAUGGUGGGCCUCAAGACGGCGGUGAAGACGUGCCGCGAGGUGGUGGGCACCGCCUGCGACGCGCUCGCCGCCAUAUUCAACAGUUCCGCCAAUACGGAUAAACUCGUACUUCAGGCGCUAGAGUGCGAGCUGGUGAGCGAGCUGCUGUCGGUGCUGGAGGGGCGCGCGGUGGAGGGCGGCGCGGCGGCGCGCGUGGUGGGCGCGCUCAAGGCCAUGGCGCGCGCCGGCCCGCACGCCGAGCGCGUGCGCGCGCAGCUGGCGCGCUCGCCCGUCUGGGACCAGUACGCGGCGCAGCGGCACGACCUCUUCAUAUCUGCGCCCCAGCACCACUCUAUCGCCGCGGCGCCCCAGAGCGCGGGCUACCUGUCAGCGCCGCCGUCCGUGCCGCCCGCGCACCCGCCGCCGCUGGAC